AGCACUCAGAUAGAAACAGAGCUGAGGAGGAUGAGAAAGUUGUGUCUGUUCUGUUAGGACUCUGUAGAAGGACUGUAACUGUCUGAGGAUGACAAUGGCGCAGUGUCUGUCUUCGCACAACUUAAUAGUUCUGCUCCUGUUGGUGCUCACAACAGAAAGUAAAGAAUGUGAAAAGUGGGGGCCGGUCACAGCAGUGCAGAAUUCUGCAGUUACGCUUAGGUGUCCUCUAUCUUCACCACAGCCUGGAAUCACACAGGUCUUCUGGGAGGCUGUUCAUGGUGACAAAACAGAACGUAUUAACCAGUGUCCCCCAUCCUGCCCCCCAGCGGGCAACAACAACAGAACCCAGCGGUGUGAGAGAGUGAGAACUGUUCAGGAUAAUGCAACAGGAACAGGAACCCUGACCAUUAGUCCUGUAAACUCCCAGGAUGCUUCUUGGUAUCGGUGUACAGUGCAAACUGGCAAUGUGAAAAAUUGCUCUGAAGUAAAGCUAAACGUUAAAGAUGAGCCUCCAGUUCAGCACCUCACUAAAGGCUGUACAAUUAUUGAUCAAUUUCAUGCCGUGGUGAACUCAACCCUCACAUAUUCUGCCCCUGUGCCACAUCCUAAUGCCACACAGAUCGUGUGGGGGAUCAAUGAAGGAGAUCAGGUAGUUCCUAUAACCCGCUGCCCUUCACUCUGCACCUCCAGCAUAACCCGGAGACCCCUGUGUGAGAGAGUUCAGACAGUAGAAUAUGCUGCAUCAGGGAAAUCAUCACUGACUAUCAGUCCUGUAGAGGAAACAGAUACUUUGUGGUUAUCGUUCAUUGUGAAUGCUUCUUCAUGCUACACAUUUAGGCUUCACGUCAAAGAAAACAACUCUCAAACAACUAAAGAAUGUGAAAAGUGGGGGCGGGUCACAGCAGUGCAGAAUUCUGCAGUUACACUUAGAUGUCCUCUAUCUUCACCACAGCCUGGAAUCACACAGGUCUUCUGGGAGGCUGUUCAUGAUGACAAAGAGGAACCUAUUAACCAGUGCCCCCCAACCUGCCCCCCAGCGGGCAACAACAACAGAAUCCAGCUGUGUGAGAGAGUGAGAACUGUUCAGGAUAAUGCAACAGGAACAGAAACCCUGACCAUUAGUCCUGUAAACUCCCAGGAUGCUUCUUGGUAUCGGUGUACAGUGCAAACUGGCAAUGUGAAAAAUUGUUCUGAAGUAUAUCUAAAAGUUAAAGAUGAGCCUCCAGUUCAGUCCCUCCCUAAAGGCUGUACAAUUAUUGAUCCAUUUCAUGCCGUGGUGAACUCAACCCUCACAUAUUCUGCCCCUGUGCCACAUCCUAAUGCCACACAGAUCAUGUGGGGGAUCAAUGAAGGAGAUCAGGUAGUUCCUAUAACUCGCUGCCCUUCACUCUGCACCUCCAGCAUAACCCGGAGACCCCUGUGUGAGAGAGUUCAGACAGUAGAAGAUGCUGCAUCAGGGAAAUCAUCACUGACUAUCAGUCCUGUAGAGAUCACAGACAGUUCAUGGUUAUCAUUCAUUGUGAAUGCUUCUUCAUGCUACACAUUUAGGCUUCACGUCAAAGAUGAGUUCUCCCAUGGGCAUAAGAUUAAAGGUUUUUCACAUCCAACACCCAGCCCUCAAACACUGCCGACCCAGCCAACAAACACUGAGGAAACUGAGGUACUUCACUUGACUGUGGUUUUUACCCUGGCUUCACUUGGCUUUGUGUGCACCUUACUGACCUUAAUUGCAUGUGCAUCAGUGUGCCAGAACAAAAGAGAAGAAAGAGGUAUGCAACACGGUAUUUAACUUCUAUACUUUUAACCAUGUAAUAAAUAUAACCAUGUAAUAAAAUGUGAAUUUCUUCUGUGACGGGAAUCUUUAUUUUUUAGUGAAUUAGAUAUUUCAAUAUGCAGCAUCAGGAAAUGCAUCACUGAAAGUCAGCCCUGUGGUUUUGAUCUACAGUGAAUGCUUCUUCUUGCAAUACAUUCAAUCAUUUUAUCUCAAACACCUUUUAAACAUUUGAUCUCCUAAUUGUUCUCUUAUAUAUUUACAGUAGAUUAGGUAUUUGAAGGUAAAGAUUCCCAUUGUAAAAGAAAAGUAUAUUUA